ACGACUUUGGAGGGAUAUGGGCCAAGUUUAGAUUGGGAUUAUGGUCGGCAUAGACUGGUUGGUUCGAAAUGUUUGUUUCCGUACUGUCUGACUCUAUGACUGAGAAAGAGCAGCAAUGUCGUAUAUAUCACUUCUUCGACAUGGUUUAUUUCUCUGCCGGAUGUCAGUAAUCUGAACACUCGUGGGAACAACUUUCCCGGUUUCUAACCAAUAUUUAAUCCUCAAACGUCACAGGCUGAUCUUCCAGACUCUUGACGCCGUUGGCCAGGAGUCCCAGAUCCAUUCCCAGGGAAAUAGCGAUGGCAACAAAUACUGACGUAGCUCGCAUCCCAUGAACAAAGUUUAAAAAUGAUGGCUUGGCUCACCUGUUGUUCACAUUUUUGAGGAUCUUCCCACCUUGCAGGUUGCGUGUGUGACCGGCUUCGACUGAUGAUGGUGUCGUCCAGGACAGUGACAAUCGUGACUCUCUCUGUCGCCUUGGGUUUAUUCUUUGUCUUCAUGGGAACCAUCAAACUGACGCCAAGACUGAGCAGAGAUGCUUACAGCGAGAUGAAAAGAGCUUAUAAGGAAUAUGCCAAGGCCCUGCCAGUGUUAAAGAAGAUGGGUAUCACGUCAGUCCUGCUGCGAAAAUUAAUUGGCACGCUGGAGUUGUUGUGUGGCAUUGUGAUGAUACUGGUACCUGGGAGGCCCAAGGACGUGGCUAACUUUGUACUGCUUCUGGUCAUGCUCGCUGUGCUCUUCUUUCACCAGCUGGUGGGUGAUCCACUAAAGCGCUACGCCCAUGCGCUUGUCUUUGGGAUCCUGCUGACCUGCCGGCUGCUGAUCAUUAGGCAGGGAGACGACAAGGAGAUGGUUCCACGAGUCAUGAUGAAGGAGGUGCAGGCUGGCAGAGAUACCAAGACUGAGACUGAACAAGACAACGGGAAACUUAAAACCUCCUAACUUGGCUCAUACAGAUAGCAUUGGAGCUCAGGCAGCAGGCAAUUUCUGCCCGGAAUCUUACAGGACUUUUGUAUCACACUCCAUUUAGCUGGAAGUGAAUGAUUAACAAUUCUUGAAGAUCUGAUGACAAAAUCUCAGAGAACUUACAGGACCUCUCCACUGAGACUGACAAGAAUUCCAUUUGAUCCCAAUCAAUAUUCUUCAGUAUAAAAUCCUCAUGUCCUCAGUCUGUACCUACCUGUGUUCUAUAUUAAUGAAAAACAUAUCAGCUAAGAGGGAUCAUUCACAGUUGAAAAUGAGACAUCAAAUUCACUUCAUGGAGGGAGGGAGGGAGUGACAACCUCCAAAUAAAGAGAGAGUUUCACUAACAGUGAAGUUCCAACUUCGAACUGCGCUCCCAAAGGUGACAUUCUCUGGAAGACUCAUUCCCACACAUGCCAAUGAAAUGAGACCAAACUUUCCCCAGGGUCUGACUCCUUCUUCUUGUAGACAAAACUUUUUCGUGAUUGAGUCAUUGUAGGAACUGGAGAUGGUUUUUCUUCAAAUAUGAGAUAUAAACUGAGAUCAUCGAGACCAACUGUUCAGUACAUGGCAGCAAUAGUGAUGGGCAGCUGGAGAUUACUUCGUGGGAGCUGGAUGGAUUUCAGCUACAAUUUCCACUCCUCCAUUAUCUCUCUCUCCCCAUCACCUACCUCCAUAUCAGCCCGCUCUUCCUCCUCAUUAUUUCGUCUUUCUCCCUAUCACCUUUCUCUUGGUGUUUCUUCCCUGUCUUUUCCCUUUUAUUUUCCUCACUUUCUUGUUACUUCCCCCUUUCUCUAUUAACACACUCAAUCUUCUUGCCAAAAACAUUUUUUUUUCACUGUUCAGUUAUUUGGUAUGAUGGGUGUUUUAUUUAAAAUGUAUGGCAGGGAAGAGCAGUGAGCAGAGUGACACCUUUUUCCCACUAGGAGGAAUUGCUGACUUGGAUUGUGGCUGCUUUAAACAACAUGAGGAUGAUGAGGACAAUUGGAUGUCAGGAUUGAAUGGACUAUAGCCUUAAAAUAAAAAGAACAGACCCAGAUUAACCAAAUGAGAGUUUAUCCAAAUUCUAGAUUAUAAGACUGAGUCCAUUGUCAACACUAUUGGCUUCAGUGAGUCAGUGCAUGUUAUCAUAUUUUAUUUGACAUGUUUUGUUAAUUACUGUCACUUAGAAACAUAAUUUCUGAAAAAUUAAACAAAAAUGUUGAAAAAUAAGCAGACACACUAUCAGAAUCUCUCCUGCCUCACUUUAUGUCAGUACUGCCUUUCUCAAAACUCAACAGAAAGAUUCUCCUCUCCUGAAGCUGCUGUCACUGGAAUAUAUAUGUUUCCUCCUCUCUGCGGAUGCUGACUGUCACUGGUUGGAUGCUGGUCCACUCUUCUCCUGAAGGUGCUGAUUCCAACUGGAUGGCGGUCCCCUCCUCUCCUGAGGUUGCUGACUCCAAUUGAAAUAGAGGUGUCCUACCUGCCUGCAGGUGCUGACCGUCAAUAGGAUGCAAGUCCAUUGAUAUUGGAAGUGUUCUAUCUCUCACUUCUGACCGUUAUCAUGUCACUGUUUGCCAUAGAUAUUGGUAGUAAAAGUAUAAGAUAGUCUCAUUAUGUUAUGUACGUAAGGUUAGGAUUCGGUUUACAUUUCAUAUGGUUAAAGCUUUUACUUGAAUUUCACUACUAGGCAGCUGUAGAUUUUUACUGUAACUGCAUCUAAUGGAAUUGGGAAAGUUCAUUAGCAGGAUGCUUUGGAAUUUAAUGCGCCAAAGUACAAUCCAAAUGACUUUGCUGUUAGAUUUUGCUAAAAUGCACAUCUUUAUUCAUUUUUUGUGAAGUUAGAUAGCUGAGACAGUCCUGAGAUACAAAGUGGGACAGUGGAACCCGGGAUAUCAAUUUAAAUCCCAGGUGAUAGCCAAGUUGUCUUUUUUUUUCAAGAAAAUAUACCUUCUUCUGUACAAUAACACUUGUCUUGCCAAAGUGAAUCAACAAUGAUGGUGAGAAAUAAACUAUAAAAUUCUGAAGUUUUUUGCAUAGGGUCAGGUUCAGCAAAGUUGCAACCCUAUCUGGGGCAAUGCAGUAAUAUUGUUCAUUUCUCUGUGUAUCUACUGGUCAAAUGCAUUGUGCAUGUCUGGUCUUGGUUAAGUACAAUAAACAGAGUAUGUUGAAAACCAUUUGGAUAUUGGAAUCAAACUAUUUACAACAGGAAGAGAUCAUUUGGCCCAUCAAACCUGAUCUGCUGACAUUCAGUUAGAUCACAACUGCUGAUUUGUUUAUUAACUCCAUCCACCUACCUUACUUUGAUAUUCCUUAAAAUACUCUUAUCUGACAAAAAUCUACGAUCACAGUUUUGAGAUUUUUAGGUAAUUCAAAGCCCAGCUUCAAGAACGUUUUGGGGAGAGCUCCAGAAUUCCAAGAGUUUUCGAAUCAUAGAAUGGUUAUAGCACAGAAGGAGACCAUCUGACAUGUCAUGCCUAUGAUGGCACUCUACAAUGGCAGUUUAGCUAGUCACACUUGCCAGUCCUUUCCCAUAGCCCUGCAAUAUCUUCUGUCCAGAUGUUAUUCAAUGCCCUUUUCAAAGUUAUGAUUGGAUCAGUACAUAAUCAGACAAAAGCUGAUAUUUAUUCAAUCCUAGCAAGAGUGUAGAUUUCAUAAUGAGUAGUAAGCAUGAAUGAGUCUAAUGGAAAGUGCAAGGGAAUGGCACCAGCUGAAACAUGAGAUUGAUGAGCUAAGUGGCUU